AUACAAAAUGAAGCUUUUAACAGGUAAGAUAUAUAAGAAGAAGCAUGAAUAUACUUAUAUUCUCGAAAACAGCGAAUUUUUUGCAAUGUGUAAUUAAAAAGUGUCAAUCAAGUGCCAAAUCAUAUCCUCUUAGAUUUGAAAAUGCUCAUAUUGUUCAAAAAACAUUAGAAUUUAACCCGGAAUUUCUUUUAAAUAUAAUUUCUCGAGUGGACUGGAAAGCGUUUAUUUUAACAUUAGAAGAACUGUUUGGAAAAGUGACCGUUCCAUAUGAAAAACCAGAACUUACGAUGGAAGAAGUAGAUUUAUUACAAGAAUUACAUAAAUUACUUAUUGAAACACAAGUAAUGGAAGGAAAUCUUAUUUGUCGUAAUUGUAAUCAUGUUUAUCCUAUAAAACAAGGGAUUCCGAAUUUUCUUUUAAGUGAAUAUGAAAUAUAAAUGAUUAUAUAUCAUUUAAAAGUAAAAAAAGUAUGAAAUAUUA